GUUGUCAGAGCGGCCAGCCGAGUGGAUGCCCGUACAAAUUGGAAAUGGAAGAGAAAUCUGUAACAUUUAAAAUACGCACUCCCAGCUGGUUUAGGUUUUCGGGGCUGGGGCACCUUGGUGAGAGCCAACAAGACGCAACAAGUGAGGAUGGUAUUGAGGUGGUGACAGGAAGGAGAGAAAGGGAUAACCUGAGUGAUUAAUCAUCAAGGCAUCUUGGUUAAUCGCUCUGUUUUCAAGGGAUAUUUAUCCUUUCAUCAAGAGAUGGCAUAAGCAACUUUUGGAGCCAGGUCUGAAGACAACUCCCUCCUCCUCCUUCAGAAGUAGCAUGCCCACAGUCUUCCUGGCCAAUGAUUCUUCUACAGCAAUCAACAGUUCUUCCUCAUCCUGAGAAGCCUUCAUCUCUUCCUAUGUCAGUGGCUACAAGGCCAAGAGCCAGCUCACCACUGUCCCCACCAAAGUCUGUUGGACUGGGGCCUUCCUUCCAUCACGCACAAGAAGAAGAACUUGCAAAGGUGGUGGAGCAGGACCCUAUGCUGGAGGAACUAUGUAAGCCCCUGUGCUGUAAGCUUUGCAAUGUCACCCUGAAUUCGGCCCAGCAAGCCCAGGCUCAUUACCAGGGUAAAAACCACAGUAAGAAACUCCGAAAUUACUAUGCUGCCAACAGCUGUCCGGCACCUGCCAGGAUGAGUAAUGCAGUUGAGCCUGCCCCACCUCAGGUUGUCUCCCUUCCCACCCAGAUGGGAUCCAGUAAGCCAGGUGGCCGAGUGAUCUUGGCUACAGAGAACGAUUACUGCAAGCUCUGUGACGCCUCGUUUAGCUCUCCGGCCGUGGCACAGGCUCACUACCAAGGGAAAAAUCACGCCAAAAGGCUGCGCCUUGCAGAAGCACAGAAUAACUCAUUCUCGGAUGCGUCAGAGCUGGGCAAGCGAAGGGCAAGGAAAGAAGGGAGUGAAUAUAAGAUGAUGCAGAACAGAAGAAAUAUGUAUACAGUUCAGAACAACACAGGUCCCUACUUCAACCCCCGCUCGCGCCAGAGGAUUCCUCGGGACCUGGCCAUGUGUGUCACGCCCAGUGGCCAGUUCUACUGCUCCAUGUGCAACGCCGGCGCCAGCGAGGAGAUGGAGUUCAGGCAGCACUUGGAGAGCAAACAGCAUAAAAGCAAAGUGUCCGAGCAGCGGUACAGGAACGAGAUGGAGAACCUGGGCUAUGUACAAUGACGCGCCACCCCCGGUCGUAGUUUGCAACUAGAGCAGCUUGUCUCUCGCCUGCUGUUUGCCACAUGCCCUGCUUUGUGCUCCAUUUGAUAGGAGUAUGCUCUCGAGCUAUACAUGUAACACCUGCAAACUUAAUGGUAUGGUUAGAUUUUUUUUCUAUCAUAGUCGGCAGGAUGACGCUGUGCAGGACAUGAAGUGUUUUUUGAUGUUUGUUUGCUAAUUACCUAAGGCUCUUCGUUGUGUUGAGUGGCGGGGAGGACUUGGUCUUCUCCUCAGCCUUCUGCAUGAAUAUGCAAAGCCCAAGAAGUGCUGGGAACUUCUGUGGUUCAACCACGUGGGUAGACCAUGUGCAAAGCCUGCUCCCCUCUUUGCACACCACAGAGCAGUGCUCCAGAAUGCCUCCCUACAGCAGACUGAAUCUCUGGGCAGCUUGUAAAAGGGGGGCAGGAGUAGGGCCUGUGAAUGUGUGAAUUAGGUGGUGUACUUGUCCGCACAUUGCUGCUUCUGGCCCCCAUUACAGCCCAGAGUAGGUUCUUUCCACAUCCUCGUAGAAAGGCUGUGCAUACCUCUACUCCUUGGAGGGUCUUGCCUCUUACUGCUUCCUCUGCAAUGCAGAUUUCGUUCUGAACAUCUGACAUUGAUUUCAGCUGAUUAGCCCCAUUCAGAAAUACUCUCUUCUACCAGUUAGCAGUGAGAAAAGAUUCUCAAUGUUGUUGCCUGGACACCUUAAUGCACCAUGGGUGUAGCUCAUCUCCCUGAAGAGAGUCUCUGGGGAUCUCAGUGGUUAAUUAAGUGAAUUGGAAAGCAAACCUGCUCAGGUGAGAUGUGCUUUGCUCUGAUUCUGCCUUAGACUGAGUAGGGUUGAGAAUAGAUUGGAAGGAACUGUCAGCUGUAAUGUCUUUGCAUAGUGAUGUAGAAGAGAGCAAGUGUUGGUUUCUGGCCUGCAGCUCUUGCUCUGGGAGAGCAGGGCUGCCUGGACCAUGGGUAGCAGAUAUUGGUGUAUCCCACUUCCAUGCCAUUCCCUGGAUAAAGCCCAAUGGGUGUUAUAGGGCAAAGCUGAAAUGCUCAUUUGAACUAGAGCUACCAAUACUGGAUGAUUUUGUUCCCCCCUCUUUCUUUUUCCAUCUCAGGAUGGGUUUUAAUUCCAUUCCUUGAUGUGACCUUGCUGUUUUAGGGACCAUCAAAAAUCCAAAGUUAGGUAGGAUUUAGAUGUCAGAGGUGAUGAUUGUUUGAGUAACAGCUUUUUGGUUCACACAGAAGUAUUCAUGAAACUUGUUAAGCAACUUUUUAGGUGUAGACAAACUCAAAGGGUGGGUGUUUGUUUUGAUAUUCCUUAGCAAAAGUAGAAAAGGGAUAAAGAGCAGAAGUAGGGCAUUUAUUCUUCUGCUUGUUUAGAUAGAUGUGAGGAGCUGUGAAUGGAAUCCAGUUCGGUUUUUUUAAAACAUUGGCUCCAGUGGCAAGUGCAGCAUGUAGGUGGCCUUUGUUGGACCUGAUUCCCCACUGUGCUGCUGCAGCUGUGCCCUGGUGUAGCUUCACUGACUUCAGUGGCAGGUGCAGAGAGAGGGUCCAGGAAGCGUUGUGGCUCAUGUCUCACCUCUCUUCAGGCAGUGCAUAAUGUACCUGGUGCAUAAUGUUUAAAGCAACUCCCCCACCUCCUUUUUUUUUUUUUUUUUUUUUUUGCCAUUCUGUCCUGCCUCUUGCAUUCCAGAAGGACUUUCUGCUUGCCUUAAAAAAUGAAAAAUGAGUAAACUAACAAAAAAAUCCAGAUAGUUUUUAUUCAUCUUUCUAGUCCACCUUCAAAUGAUUUGUUGCACUUGGCUGCUCCUCAGAAGCUGAGUACUGUUUUCUUUAGUUACCUGAGCAUCAGGCAGCCAUACAACCUUAAUGCAGCCUUCCUAAAUCCAGGCAAGGUGAGCUCUUGCACACCAGCCAAAACCAACCCCCUAGAUUAUUCCAUGCCAAUCCUUGCUCUGCAGAUACAGGCCGAGCAAUGGAUGUCCUCAUGAGUGGGAUUCCCUUCUCCUCCUUUGUGCAAAACUCAGUUAAAUGGAGUUUGUGCACUGGAGCACGUUAGGAGGUAGGGGGACAGGUGCCCAGGUUGUAAAGCACUCACUGAGCAGUUCUGACAGCCUGUAAGUCUGUUUCUUCUGUGCUUUCCUGCCCCUGCCUCACCCUCUGUGUAGCCUUGAAGAACAUUCCUCUUGCCAAAAUCUCUCAUCAGCCUUUCGCCCUCCUCGUUUGCAGUCACAAGAGGGCUCUGAUUUUCUCUUUAUGCUCUGUCCCUUGGUUUGCCAGUGUGACCCCACUGUGCAGAGGGACAGAGGGAGUUAGAUGAGCCUCACCACGAUGUGCUCCACCAGAGUGAUCCCUGCAUUAUGAUUAAACAUCCCUUUGGCUGUAAGUUAAAGCGUGGCGUUUUCCACAGGCUGCAGUUAGUAGCAGAAAAGCACCACUUUGUGAAAUAGGAGCUGUAGGAGCUGUAGGUACUGGUGCUGCGUGGCUUUAUUGCUUGGGAUGAGGAGACAUUUUCACUUGCUUUCAUGUGUCCCAAAAGUCAGCUGUUCACCACUUAGCUUUGGUUGCUGCUUCUGCUUCCAGCCCAGCCAUCCGCUCCUCGUUUGGCAUUUCCAGUGACUGCUGGAGGUGUCAGAACUUGGUUUGCUCCAGCUGGUGUUUGCUGGUGCUUUUGGGAGGGUGUAUGAGGGAGGUGCAAGGGGCUGUUCUUGCAGGUUCCUCUCUGCAUGGGGCUUAGUCUGGUUUUGAGGUAUGGCUUCAGUCUGCCCUGAACAGAGUCUGCUUUGUUUUGUUAAAGGGAUCACAACAGUGUGCUCAUCCUGGGAAUUUCAAAGUGGUGGGUUACAUAGCAGGUAUAAAGCAGACAGUGGGACUCAAGUGACAAGAGCAGGACAGGUUUCCUGUGUAGGAGGAAAGAUGUCUUGCUGGGAGAAGCAGCUGGGACGCACUUUGCCCCAGUGCUCUGUUGUGGUUCUUCCUACAAGUGACCGAGGCUUCCUUCUCCCUCUUCAGCAUUGCUACACAGCUUGUGAUCUUCCCACUCUCCCUUCAGCAUAGGGAGCUGUUGACUGCAAAGAGAAAACACCCCCCCUCACUGUUGUUAUUAGGGUUCAGGACAAUCCAAACUCACACUUGUUGGUAGGAGAAACUGAGUGGGUCCUGAUUUUGUUUCUUUUUGUGAAAGGUGUUCUCCAAAUUAGUGUUCAAAACACAGAUUGAAAACACAUCCUGGGCAAAGCCUCUUGGACAUAGAUGGGCUGGGGAGAACAUUGUACAGCUGAAGUACCAUUUUGCAGACACAAUUAAUCUUUUUCUCAUGUUAAACAAAGUACCAAACCCAAGAAACAGGACUUCUGUGAAGCUGUCACAUUGGCCAGUAGGUUAAUGACCUUUGCUGCUAGAAACAAAAUGUAAAUCAAUGUGUUCAUAUUUAUUUUACUGUACUGACCACUAAUUGAUUUGUUGAUAUUUAAGGCAUUAUGCUGGUAGGUUGUUUUUGUUUAAGUAGGAAAAUUCUACAUCGCACUUUGCUUUUGGAUUGGAGCAAUUAUUUAUUAUAUUUGUGAAAAUGUUUUUCUCCCAUAUAAGUAUUGUUUUCUUUCCCUUGAUGCAAAAAAACCCCACCAAACCUAUACAGGAAAACCCAUCCCAAACCCAAAAAAACCCUGAACCAAAUCCAACCAGUGGAACUUUGUUUCUUUUUAUGCUAAACAAAAUGGGGAUUUCCUUGCAACUUGUUACUAAAUGUCCAUUUCUAAUUUCUUUUUCCUCGAAUGGUUCCUUUACUAACUUGGAAUAAUAUUUUUAGACAUUAAGUUCAUGCUUCAUUUAAGCAUUUCUUUUAAGGCAAGGAAGUAAACCAUGUGGAAUCCAUGAAUUUGUGAGGAGUAUGAAAGUGUUACUGUUUUGUUUGUAUUAAGCAUUAGCUGUCAUUUUGCUUUCUGCACUAAUGAGUAAAUGUGUUAAAAUCUUGCCUAACACUGGUCUAUUUUUGACUUUUGCUUUCUUCAUGUACAUUGAAAAGAACAAUGAAAACUUCUGUGGAGUUGCUUAGGAUGGUCAUCAGUGUAACAAAAUGCAGAUUUUUUUCUGUAAAGCUGCUUGUCUUUUUUCCUUUCCUGGAUGCCCAUUAUAGGGCAUUAGAAGGGAAAGCUAUUGCCAUAAGCAUGAAUUCAUAUUUUAGCUUAUUAAUGCAUGAUGUCCUUUUGCUACAUUACUUAAAUGAUGCUCUCACUGUAACCACUGGGAAUCUUGCCCGGGUCGGGAGUAAAUGAAAUACCUGAGCCAAAGAUACUAUAUUGGCCAGGGCCAGGCAAGGUACAUUGCUAAAAUUUGUCUUUUACUCCUGUGUUUGGAUUACAACACUCUCAAGGUUUUGCUUUUUGAGGACUGAGUAGCUGGUUCUUUAAGGAUUUGGUUUUGCUCCCUUUAAAAUAGUUUCAAGUAUGUUGACUUUAGUUGAGUAGGAGCAAGCCUUGAAAACCUUCAGGAAUUUCAUACUGCUGAUGUUUUCUCUUUUAUGUGUUUUUUGUUUUGUGCUUUUUAAAAAAAAAAUUUACAACCAUGUGUACCAGGAUGCUCUGGAUGAGAUGGACAUCUGCUGCUAGUUAUGGAAAAACAAAUGCCACAGUUGCCAAAGGAUAACAGAAAAUGGAGAAAUACAGUUUCUUUGAAGUUAGUGGCUAAGCUUCUCUUAUUUUGAGCUAGGCUGGCUUCUUUGCCACCUGCAUAAAGUUGGAAGGGAAAAUAAAAUCCACUUUGAAAUUAAUGUAGUCAAACAGUAGUUCUGGGAUCUCUCCUUUUAAAAACGUAUCACAAAUAAAACUGUCUUUUUACCUGAAAUAUCUGCAGGUAAGGGCAGGACUGUGGAUUUUUAAAAAUAAAAUCAGUCUGUGUUUUGCAGGGGAAAAAUUACUUGAUUUAAUUUCCUUCUGCAUCUGUACAGCAACACCAUUUGCAAGUGCAUGUUUCAUCUGGAGCCUUCUUGUCAGGUUGUUUUGUUGUUUUGUACAUUUUUCCGUAUUUUCUUUAUAUUGUACUGACCCUUGUGAGGGAAUACUUGAUUUAAAUGAUUUUUUUUUUUCUUCUUCAUUAUAUAAUAAAUCAUCUUGCUCUUACUAUUGUA